AUGUCUUUCAUGCAGGAGCUCACGUCAUGGAUGUCCCCAACAUCGUUGACCCUGUCCAACCCACCAAAAGCGGGCGACGCGGCCCCGAGCACCGACCAGCUCACACUGCCUAGGGAUGGUGGUAAACCCGCUGUAAUCGCUUUCCUGCGGCACUGUGGAUGCCCAUUCGCCGAGAAGACCUUCAUCACGCUCCGCGAAGCAGCAUCGAAGCAUCCCGAAAUCGCCUUCAUCGCCGUCUCUCACUCGUCAGAGUCGCACACACAGAAAUGGCUGUCCGAGGUCGGCGGACCCGGCGAUAAGAACCCGGUCCAAGUCAUCGCCAACGAAGAGCGCGACGUGUACGCCAGAUGGGGACUCGGCGCAUCGAGUUUCUGGCACGUACUGAGUCCCUGGGCGCUUUCGGAUGUGUUCAAGCUCUCUCGUGAAGAGGGAAUCGCCAAUAGGCCCACUGAGAGUGGCAACAGAUGGCAGACUUCCGGAGCUUGGGCUGUUGAUGGGAAGGGUCAGGUUACAUGGGGUGGUCCCGCCACGACUGCCUCUGAGAUUCCCGAUGUUGAAAAGGCCAUUGAGACGCUGAAGUAA